GCGAAGAAGCUCACUCAAGCAUCCAUCACAUUUCUGUCUCAACUCAAAUCUCAAUCAUAUCCAUGAUAUAAAGCCAACAAAUUACGUCGUUUUCAAUCCCUAGAAAUACAGAAAAGGGUCGCACCAAGGUUUUUCAACCUACUCAGGUCUUGAAUUCUUCUAGGCGUGGAAAGGUUAUGAUUUUGAGCAGUUAAGAAAUGGCGGGUGAGAUUGAAGAACCGGCAAGACUUCAAUUUAAGGCUGAAUCUUUUCUUUCGGGAUCAAUAUCAUUUGUGAGGUUUGAGAGUGAAGAUCUAUGUUGGGAGAGGAGGUCAUCUUUCUCUCGCAAUAAGUAUCUUGAAGAGGUUGAGAAAUGCUCAAAACCGGGUUCUGUUACUGAGAAGAAAGCUAUUCUUGAGGCCCAUUUUAGAAAGAAUGGCCUUUUUGGUCUUUGUUCGCCUGGGAGUUGUAGUGAGACAGAAUACCAAACUAGUGAUAAUGAAGCAUCGGAGAAGAGAUGCUAUGAUGCUGACUUUACUCAUACACAUUCGCCUAAACUUGACGAAAGGCUGGAUAGUUCUGCAUGCGGAAGUGAGCAUGAAUUAAGAGAACAAGGAGAAACAUUUGAUUCAUCGAGUUUAGAUGCUCAAAUUGAGUAUUCAUGUGAUAAUGCCAGAGAUUCCGACUGUUUUUCAGAACAUGGGAUGGGGGAAGAGGAGCAUUGUGAUAAACCAGAAAGUGUGGUUUCAAUGGACUCUAGAUUAGAGACACAAGCGAAAGAAGCCAUAGAUCGUGAUGCUGCUAAUUCCGACACAAUAAAUGUAUCAACUCCAACCACUGCCUUGCUUAGUGAUAAUCAUGGAACUGAGGAAAAUAGAGAUGCCCCAAAGGCCAACGAGUUUCAUCUUCUGAGGAAAAUGUGACAUCACAAGCUGAACAUCUGAAGUCUAGAUUGAUACGGCGAGUUAGUGUUACACAGAGUAGAAGGUACACAUCUAGCAAGCAAGUGUCGAAUGGUUCAGAAAAAAGACUUAGUAAAUCAGUAUACAAUGCUCGGAUGAGUUUGGAAGCAGAGAAGAAGAUUAAACAAGCUACUUCUCUGAACAAAAACCUGAAGCAGAAGUUUCCAAAACACGAGGUUUGCUUGACUUUUGUGAAUCUUACUUCAUUGAUUAUUUUGACAUUUCCAUCUUGAAAGGGAAUAUUUGGAUUCUAAUCUUGCUGGUUAAUCAAUGAUUUUCACUUUUUUUCCCCAGCCUGACUCAAAAGCAAAAGAUGUCGAUUGUAUCAAAAGGGGUGACAAUGAUUCGAAAAUCAAAAGAAUUCAGGUCCCUCGGUCCUCUGCUCCGAGGGAAGUUUCCAGUAGGGGUGACAAUGAUUCGAAAUCAAAAGAAUGCGGAAAACCUUAAACUUCAAGGCUACACCACUUCCCUCAUUUUACUAUGGAGUCGAGCGUGAGCCAGAUCGAAACAAGCAGGGUGUAGGUAGAAACACGAAACCACGACGAGCACAGUCGAAAUGCUUAAGCAGUAGCAGCAUCUCUGAGAGAUCGAGAGCAAGCUCGAAGGCAGGCACGAAGAAAGGGUGUUCAGGUCCAAAACCAAAUAUAGAUCAAGCACAGGCGUCGAGCUGCCAUUCAACAGUAACGUCGGACAGCAGUCCGUCGGACAGCAGUCCGUCGUCCCCCGCUGCAAUCCAGCAGGUUGGUGGGAAGAAAGAAAGAGAUAAUUAAGUCCCUUCAAAGGCCAUAUGAUCUAACAAGUCAAUUACAUCUCAUUCUACUUAAUUUAGUGUAAUGUAAAAGUCUAGUUGUUACAAACAUUGGAUUCACAUUAAUUGUCAAUUCUGUCAUUAGAUUAUACUGCAAAA